UCGCAAGGCGUCGUUGGAAAAGUCGUAUAGUCGAUGCGUGAAGGAAGGAUAGAUACAUUCCAUGUAUCCUCGAUACGUGGUUGACCACUGAGCCAUCAUGUCAAUGUGAGAUGCUCAGUGACAAACCAGUCAGUCAUGCUGCCGACGUAUCAAUUACCAGCUUGUGCUGGUAUUUAGUCUACCAUUCGUUCAAGGUUCGACUUAUUUGUACAACGACUGUUUCAAGACUUCAGCAUCAAGCACAACAGCAAGAUCAUCUUCUCAGCCUCAAAUCUAACCCCGAAAACUGUCAUCAUGGCUGGACCACCACCCCCUUGGACUUGGCGAGCAGACACUGGGUUCUUACCACCUGCAAACAUUUGGCUUGCAGGAGAGCCAGUAGUUACAGCAUUUCCAGGCAUGUACGGGCCUGCGCCCAACCCGAAUGUUUUCUUUGACAUGGGGGAUGGGCCACCGGGACCUAUCGCUCCCAUGCAAUUUAGUCUUCCCUUUGCAGGCGCUCCUGUGUUUGCGUCCGGACCUUCAUUCGUGCCAGUACAAGCGACGCCGAUCUUUGGACCUCCCAUGCAGAGCAUUCCGGCGAUGGUCUGUGCGAUGCAUCAGUGCCCUUGCGAACAAUGUGGAUGCUAUGGACCUGGACAAACUUACAACAACUGGCGGCCAGGCAUCAAUCUCCUGCCUCCACCCCAAUCGACCACCAUUCACGUAUACUGGGACCUCGAUGCAGCAUGGGGCGAGACGGCGUCGACGUCUCGAUCGACAGUGUUUCACACGUUUGAUGUCGACGCGUCCUGGACUGUGGAUACUCUACUCCAGAGCCUGAUGAGAAGUCGCAACUCGACGCUCAAGCGCGGACCGGUGGAUCCCAAAGGGUGGGCACUGACGGAGUACACUGAAAAGGGUGGUGGGACAUUCUGCAAGGGAAGCACCUUUAUCGCGGGCGACAAGAAGGCGGGCAACACAUUGAGCAAGAUUGGAUGGACAGAGAAGAGGGGACACGGAGGCUUGCCACCUGUGACAUGCCAGCUACACAUGGCGCCCAAGGAGGACAACUGAGUGAGUGCGAAAGCGAGAGCGGCUAUGGUUGUGGAUAGGUCUUAUGUAGUGCCACCACCAUAGGUGCAGGCAUCUCGUGGGGCAUGCUGCCGAGCGAGCUAAUGGAACUGUAUGAUGUGGACGAGAGUAGUG